UUGAUACUUGGAGGUGGGGCUACAUGCAAGCAGCAGUAAUUUGACCAGGCACUUAGGGCAAACAGGACUGGAGUUAUUCGUGUAACACUGUAACCUGCUACUGCAUUUUGACAGCUCUUCUUGUGGCCUUGGACUUUACCUUGGACUUCUAACUGAAAGAAGAACAUAUCCGUCCUUGCUUCUGGUGACCGACAAUAAUAAGCAGAGGUCACAGUGCUCUCUCUGCUGCCGACUUUCCUGGCAUGGUGCACGCCAACAGGUCAUCUCUGUGAACUAUUUGAGAGGUAGCUUCCAAAUGCUUUGAAGUUUGAUUCUCUCUGAGCCCCACCAGCCUAUUUCUUGCAAAUAGCCACUGCCGUUUGUUCAUGAAUAAGUGGCAGAAUCAGGACACGCAGAAAACACAGUAAUCAUACCUGGCCGUUGCUGAGAACCCAGUGCUCCACCGCGAUUCUUCACCUGCACGAGGAAAAUGGGCUGCAAUCGGAACUGUGGGCUCAUCACCGGAGCUGUCAUUGGAGCAGUCCUGGCUGUGUUUGGGGGCGUUCUCAUGCCAGUAGGAGACAUGCUUAUUGAGAAGACCAUCAAAAAGGAAGUUGUCCUUGAAGAAGGAACAAUUGCUUACAAAAACUGGGUUAAAACAGGCACCACUGUGUACAGACAGUUUUGGAUCUUUGAUGUGCAAAAUCCAGAUGAUGUGGCAACGAACAGUGACAAAAUCAAAGUGAAACAGAGAGGUCCUUACACAUACAGAGUUCGUUACCUAGCCAAGGAGAAUAUAACUCAGAACAGUGAGGACAACACUGUCUCUUUUGUACAGCCCAACGGAGCAGUCUUUGAGCCUUCGCUGUCUGUCGGAACAGAGAAUGACACCUUCACAGUUCUAAAUCUGGCUGUGGCAGCUGCGCCACAUAUCUAUACAAACUCGUUUGUUCAAGUUGUGCUCAAUUCACUUAUCAAAAAGUCCAAGUCUUCCAUGUUCCAAAAUAGAACCUUGAAAGAACUGCUGUGGGGUUACAAGGAUCCAUUUCUGAGUUUGGUUCCAUAUCCUAUUUCUACCACAGUUGGUGUGUUUUAUCCUUACAAUGAUACUGUAGAUGGAGUUUACAAAGUUUUCAAUGGAAAGGAUAACAUAAGCAAAGUUGCCAUAAUUGAUUCUUACAAGGGAAAAAGGAAUUUGUCCUAUUGGCCAAGUUAUUGCGACAUGAUUAAUGGCACAGACGCAGCGUCUUUCCCACCUUUUGUUGAGAAGUCUCGGGUGCUGCGGUUUUUCUCCUCUGACAUUUGCAGGUCCAUCUACGCCGUGUUUGGGUCUGACGUUGACCUUAAAGGAAUCCCCGUGUACAGAUUUGUUCUUCCAGCCAAGGCCUUUGCAUCGCCGCUCCAGAAUCCAGACAAUCACUGUUUCUGCACUGAAACUGUCAUCUCAAACAACUGUACAUCAUAUGGUGUGCUAGACAUUAGCAAAUGUAAAGAAGGAAAACCUGUGUACAUAUCCCUUCCACAUUUCCUGCAUGCAAGCCCUGAUAUUUCAGAACCUAUCGAAGGAUUAAGUCCAAAUGAAGAAGAGCAUAGGACAUACUUGGAUGUGGAACCUAUAACUGGAUUCACUCUACAGUUUGCAAAACGACUGCAGGUCAACAUACUGGUCAAGCCAGCCAGAAAAAUCGAAGCAUUGAAGAAUCUGAAGAGACAUUAUAUUGUACCUAUACUUUGGCUUAAUGAGACUGGAACUAUUGGCGAUGAGAAAGCAGAAAUGUUCAGAAAUCAAGUGACUGGGAAGAUAAAUCUUCUUGGCCUGGUUGAAAAGGCCUUGCUUGCGGUUGGAGCGGUGAUGUUUGUUGCUUUUAUGAUUUCAUACUGUGCUUGCAGAUCCAAGAAUGGAAAAUAAGUAGUAAACAAGCCUACAUUUAUUCACCAGAUACAUAAAGAUCUUUGAUAAAAUCAAUCUACAAAUGAAGACUUAAUAUAUACUUUUUUUUAACAAAACACACCUAUCUUUAGUUUAAGAAAUGGUGAUGUGCUCUCUCUCUCUCUCUCUCUCUCUCUCUCUCUAUAUAUAUAUAUAUAUAUAUAUAUAUAUAAAACCAAAGCAUAUAUCUAAGAGAUUAAUAUGUCACUAUAGUCUAUUUUUUAAUACAAUCCAAUACUUUGUAAAGUCCAUCAUUUGUAACCCUGAGUGGACUUCCGUUUCUGUGAAAACAGUUCUUCCUGUUUGGUUCUGAUUUAUUGCUGUGCUCCCUGACAGCAAAUUUCAAGAGUGUACAUUCUAAGCAAUUUUUCUUUUCCUCGUUGGAGGGAAAACAUUGUCAUGUAGGGGGUGCCACCCUCAUUUACAGCAAAUAUAACUUGGGACUGUUAGCACAUAGAAUCUCAUAAGUAUGAACUAGUUUGAAGGACAUUUAAGAAUGGAAAAUGAGCAAUUGGCGUAUGAGCCAUUGAUUAUAUAUUGUUUAAGUUUAUUCCUCUCUAGAGUUCUUGGCACAACAAGGACUGUGUGAGAUAUCACAGCAAUGUUUUAUUCUCUAACCCUAAGCUUAUAUGUAUUGUCUCUCGUCAUGAAACUGAUAUUUCUAGUGCACUUCAGCUCCUCGUUUUUAAAGUAUGUUGUCAUAUCCCAUGUUGCAUUGCUCUUCAGAAACUGAGUAGGUUUUCCUCUUUCUGCUCGCCUGCAACUAAUGUAACUUCAGAGAGCUGUUAUAGUAUGAAGAGAUGUAAAUGAUAAUAAAAAAUUAUUUUAUGGAAUAUUACAAAAGCUAGAAUAUGCUUUAAAAUGUGUUUGUGGUACUAUCUCCUGAUUUCAUGGUCACCUAGAAAGGACUGGUUUCUAGUAUUAAAAAGCAUUGUUCCUUA